CCUUGAACGUCAAACGUUAACUACCAGAUGACAUCGCGCGAUGGGCGAACGUUUGGACAUAUCAGCGGCGUGGAGGUUGGCGCGACUUUCACCUCAAAAGCUGCGCUAGCCGAUGCAGGCGUACAUGUCCUGCGCCAAGCUGGCAUACAUGGGGAUCAUGAGCUCGGUGCCUUUUCCAUUUGUUUGUCUAAAGGGUACGAGGAUAAUGUCGACAGGGGAAAUACUAUUACAUAUGUUGGCUCGGGUGGGCAAGAUGAUGAUGGAAAACAAAUAAGCGACCAGUCCCCCGAUACUCCAGCUAAUAAAGCCUUGUUCAUUUCCUCCAUAACCAGGCGUCCAGUGCGAGUUGUGCGCGGAGCGAAUGACGACAACACGUAUUCUCCAGGCCAUGGUUAUCGGUACGACGGGCUGUAUGUCGUUGAUGAGGCCAAGAUGGUAGACGGAAAGAAAGGCUUUAAGAUGUGCACCUUCACGCUGAAGCGAAUUGAUGAGGAUGGCCAGAAGGCGAUACCAAUAAGGCGCACCCUCACCGCCGGCAAACUGGCAAAAAUGAGGAAGAAAGCUCGUACCGGAUAAUCUGCUCGCCAUUGAUACCUUGGCUUUUCAUGUCAUAUACCCGUGUACAAUUGUCUGCCUGCAUUUGUCAUUUUAUUGUAUCUACUGCUGAAUAUCAAUCUCCCUAUUUGUCCACCC